CCCAGGUGUGGCACUGGGGAACAGGAUGCCAGCAGUGAUGGACGACAUAGAUGUGGAGCAGGAGGAGCCUUUACCUGUGGACAGAAAUGGGAGAAGGUUUCAGAGUGAAGAAGACCAGCCUGAUGAUGACGGCAGGAAGCCGGGAUGUUGUGAGAGAUUCCAUCAAACGGUCUCUAAAUGGAUGCUUCCUGAAGAUUUGCACAGCACGUACAUGGAACGUGCCAACUGCUGCCCACCCCCAAUCUUCAUCAUCCUCAUCAGUAUUGGAGAGCUGGCAGUAUUUAUCUACUACGCUGUGUGGAAGCCUCAGAAGCAGUGGGUGACCCUGGAAGAAGGCAUUUGGAACAGCCCUCUAGCCUACAAGCCUGAGCGCAGGCAGGAAGCAUGGCGCUUUAUCUCCUACAUGUUUGUCCAUGCUGGUGUGGCGCACAUUGUCAGUAACCUCUUGAUGCAGUUGCUGCUGGGUAUUCCACUGGAACUGGUCCAUAAGGGGUUUGAGGUGGGGAUGGUUUACCUCUCUGGUGUACUGGCAGGCUCUUUAGCCAGCUCCAUCUUUGAUCCUCUGAGUGCCUUGGUUGGGGCUUCUGGGGGUGUUUAUGCAAUAAUGGGAGGCUUUUUUAUGAAUGCAGUGGUGAACUUCCGUGAGAUGAUUCCUCUUCUCGGAGUGUUUCGUAUCGCUGCUGCAGUGAUGAUUAUCGUUGCAGAUUUUGGAUUUGCCUUCUACAGAAGAUUUAUCAGUAAUGAGGAUGGUUUGAAGGUGUCUUUUGUGGCUCACUUUGGUGGAAUUGUGGCUGGGAUGACCAUCGGCUAUGUCUUCUUCAGCGCUUACAACACAAAGCUGCUCAAAGACCCACGUUUCUGGCUGUGUAUAGCGGGCUAUAUAGCAUUUCUGAUCUUUGCUGUGGUCUUUAACAUCUUGCUCUCACCAGCACCAUAGGAGCACAGACAUGAAUUUGCCUACUUUAUAUUAAAUGCUAAAUUCUUCAUGUCACACUCAGGAAGCUUGCAUGUUUCAGAGCAAAGUUGCUUUUUGAGGACUUUGUGACUGUAGCACACAGGGUUUUUGUUUUCAAUUUUAUAUCAAAUGUUCCUGUUUUUAGAGCUGAAUUUGAGUGUUCGAGUGCAAGUGUGCCCCCUUCUGUUUAUGUGCAGCAUUGCAGAAGGCAUGCUUUUGAUCUUAGACUAUAAGGUUGCUUUUAAAAGUGAAAGUUUUUGAACUAACAUUUCUUUUAUUUCAGAUAUGGCCUUUGCUGUUUCUUUGUUUGUAUGAAUUUUGAUAUUUUUGCACUUUUUGUAAUGUGAUUACUAGGGCAUUAUUGAACAUACUUAUUUCCUUUUUCUUGGAUAGGAAAUAAUUCCUAGGCUGAUUAAUAGAAUAACUUUGUUUCUCUGUGAUGUUUCAUAUCUUCUGUUAACUCAACAUGGACUCCUACAGACUCCCAGUAUUCCUUAACAUGUGCCUUAAACACCAUGAAAUCCCUCACCAUAUUAAACACAAUGUAAUGAUGAUAUCACAUUAGAUCACAUUUGUGCCAACACUAACAAGAAGAAAAUAUUUACAAAGUAGUCUCAUGAAAAAAAGAGAUGGAUGUUACCCCUUCUUUAAGCACAAGAGCUGGUCACAGUCAAGCCUUGGCCUAUUGCCAUGUUAUUGUUUCAGUCGCAUCUUGUUGACAGGACAUGGCUAAUUGCAUGUUGAAUUGUAAAGUUUUUGAUUAAUUGGGCAGUUUUUUUUAACCCUGGAAUCCACUGACUUGAUUGUAAAAUUAAACAGUCAUGGAAAUCAUGCAAUACUCAACAGGGAAAAUAUUAAACAUUAAGUGUAAGUUAUAGUUAACAAAGUGUACUGUCACUAAAGUCUAUAAAAGAAAACUCUGGCAUACUGUGUGUGACAGGGAGCAUCAGGUACCAACUGAAAUUCAGAAACAGAUCUUAUAUAAAAUGUAACUACUUUAUUCAAGGUUACAGAGAAACUAUGAGCAAAGACCGGAGACCUACACAUUGUUUUGCCUUUCUACAGCUCAAUGUUUAAAGUAUGUUUAACUAGAAAACUGCAUUUUCUGAAGAAAAUGAGUAUGGAUGCUG